ACUUGUAAUUACCGUAAUAAGGAGAAUUAACUAUACGUACAGGUUCGAACAUAGUGAAAACAUUCUGAUAAAACGCACUCAUUGAAAAACCAAGAUCUGGUAUUCUGUCAUUGUUCUGUCGAUAAGCUAGACAAAUUCUUGAUCAGAAAGAAGAAGACGUACCGUAGAAGAAUAUAAGCUGUGGUCAAUUGAUCGAACGAUUGGUGAUCGAGUGCUUUUACUGUUCGAUUCAUUGAGGUGUUCCCGCGGGAUUUGACGAGCUGGCGAAGCCAAGAUCUGACAUCGUACGCUCGUCAUUCUCGGAGGAUACCGCAACACGUACCAAAAUCAAUGGUAUCCUCGCUGCGCGAGGUGAAUUUUCCGCGAUGUUCUCGAUGUCUAGCUUGUGCACUGAGAUAUUAAGGAACAGAAGCAAAAGUUACACGGCUGCUCACAUACAUGCAGAAUGUGUUAACUUAGCUAAUGACAGUGGAUGUCCACCGUCUCUUAGUAAAUUAUUGGAUGAACUGUUGAAUCCUGGUGAAGUUAUUACUGACAGGGAAACUAUUAACUGGUGUAAAUGGUUGAUAGCUAGUGGUCAUACGCCGGAGAAGUUCGCCAAGACAGUGAGAAUGUACGACAAUGCUACAACAUGUGGACUGGUUUGGACACCCAAUUUUGUAGCAUAUCGUUGUCGUACAUGUGGUAUAUCACCAUGUAUGUCCCUAUGUACAGAAUGUUUCAAAAAGGGCAAUCAUUAUGGUCAUGAUUUCAAUAUGUUUUUAAGUCAAGCAGGUGGUGCUUGUGAUUGUGGCGAUGCAUCUGUUAUGAAGGAAUCAGGAUUUUGUGAUAGACAUGGUCCAAAAGCAGCUGUUGAUAAGUCAGCUGCUCCUUCAAAUUUAAUGUGUGUAGCAGAAGCAAUGAUGCCCAGAAUAAUUCUUCGCCUUAUACAACAUUUACGCGAAAAUUGUACGGUGGGUCACCGAAAUUAUGAAAUUAUAGUUCAAGAUGCGGAUGAAUAUCUAACAAUGCUCAUUGAGUUUAAUAAGAUGGGUGCAUUAAUGAGGCAUGUUAUGACAUCAGCUCUUACUAACCCGCAAAAAUAUAGAAAUCUCAUGGAUCCUAGUGUACCAACCGGAGAACCAGAAUAUGAUAGCUAUUGCCAAGACAGCAAUGAAAUAUAUCAAAAUGCCGUGAAAUCUUUGCCAAAUCCAGAACCACCUGAUGAAUAUAAAGAAUGUGCAUCUUUACAAGAACAUUUACAACAUACUACUUUCUUAGAGGAAUUAAUGUUUUGGACAGUCGUUUAUCAAUUUCCACAGAAAUUAGUUUGUUUGCUGCUAAAUAUGUUACCAGAUCCGGAAUAUAAGGAAGCACUUACUCGUGCUUUUGUAUUACAUUAUAGUAGAGUUUCGAUGAUGCUUGAACGCUCAACAGAUCCUGAUACUUUAAGCAAUAAAGUAGUCCAUGUCAGUGUACAGUUAUUUAGUAACGAAAGUUUAGCACUGAAAAUGGUGGAUCAAUUAAAGUUGUUGCACGUCAUGGUAAUAGCUUUAAAAUAUAUGAUGAGUAAAAUAUUGAUUCAGAAUACUCUACAUGAUCCAGAUAAAAAUUUUCACUACGUAGUAGAUUGUGAACGACAGGUGAUGAAGGAACACUGUUAUUGGCCUAUUGUUUCAGAUUUAAAUAAUGUUCUUUCACAUAAACCUAUAGCUGUUAGAUUUAUGAGCGAUGAUACACUUCUAGAAAUGUGGUUCGAUUUUCUGUCUAUGUUUCAAGGAAUGAACGUGAAUCAACGAGAAUUAAAUCAACACGUUGAAUAUGAAUCUAACACGUAUUAUGCAGCGUUUAGCGCUGAAUUAGAAGCUAGUGCAUAUCCAAUGUGGGCUCUAGUUUCUCACUUGCGUGGUCCUGAAAGUGCUGCUCUUACUCGUAGAGUGCUAUCAUUUUGUCUCACUGCAUUACAAGAUUGGCUAGAUGCUAUAAAUUUCACACAUCCGAAUGUGAGUGAUAGUCUACAAGUAUCAUUUCAUCUACCAUUGCAUCGAUACUUUGCUGUGUUUAUGUGCCAAGCUGUGCGCCAACAAGGAGCUACACUCAAUGAUCUAUUGCCCCCUACUGACAUGUUACAUCUUUUAAUAAUGCAUCCUUUACGAGUUCAGGUUGCCUUUUAUGAAAUUUUAAAUGGAUUGUGGGUGCGCAAUGGCCUUCAAAUAAAAGGCCAAAUUAUGACGUACAUACAGUGCAAUUUUUGUAAUUCAAUGGUAGAUGCAGAUCUUUAUUUGCUUCAAGUUUGUGCAACGAAGCUACAACCAGAGGUUUUUCUGAAAACAGUUGUUAAAAAGUUUCAUGUAAAACAAGAGAUGAGUCUUUGUUUGUACAGAGCAUCUCAAAAUGAGUACAUGGAUGGAGAACAUAAUACACCAAUGUUAGAAAGUUUUUUAACAUUUUUAGCUAUAUUAGUUAAUGUUCGGACAAAUUUAGGUUUAUCUGAUCCUGAAAUGUCCCGUUUAGAAAUGGUUACUUUAUUGUCUAUGGGAGAUAAAACCCAUAGUCAGUUAAUGGAAUUAAUGCCAGAACGUUCUGGCAGUACACAAAAUAGAGAUUUUGAAUCUGUAUUGGCUGAUGUUGCAGUGUAUAGAGCACCUAAUCUGGAGGCUAGUGGAAACAUGCAGCAAGGAAUGUAUGGUCCAAAACCACGUCUGGUCUGGGAAGAAUUAUUUGAUCCUUUACAUGUAUUACUAAGAGCAGCACAAAAAGGAGAUUUCCAGAUGGCAAUGGAUCGCUUUACUGAAUAUGUGAAACAAUCAGGAAAAUUGAAAAACAGUGCUAUUCCAUGGCCACCGUUUAGACAUCCUGCUCCUGUUUCGCCAGCAUAUGACGAUCCACGAAUCGUACUAAGAUCAAGAGUUUUUCAUGCUAUGAUUUUAAUAAUUUUGUAUAAAGCUGUACAUGGACACAAUAUAUCAGAGCAUGCAAUGGCAUUGACUAUUUACUUAUUAGAAAUGGCAGUAAUUACUGCAGAAAUACGUGAUAAAUCUACGAAUUCUUUGUGUCAAUAUACCAGUGAUGAACCACCUCGUAUAAUAAAAGAUAUGGAUUUAAGUAAUUGGUAUAAAAGUGAUGAUUUAUCAGAAAACUUGAGAACUGUGAUACCUCAAGUCAUCUUGGUCCAGGAACCAGAGCCAACUAAUUCAGAUAGCGACUUUGAGUGGGAAAUUCAAGGUGACGUGACUGAAAUGGGAACUUCGCUCAUGAUAAACGAUGCAAUAGAUGAGGGUUCUUUAGAAGUUUUAGCUCUUCCAUCUUUAGAUACUAUCAGUAAUGAUACUGGAUUACAAAUUGCUGUGAAUACUUCUUUACCUGCUUUACCUCAAGCGAAUGACCCAUUUCAAUUAACUUUUGUACCUGAAGAUGGAAUUGUUACUAUAUCAGAAGCUAAUAGUGAAGAUGACUUAAUAUCUCUACAAAGAGCUUUGCCAUCAUCCACCGAAGAAUCCAUGGCCCUUGCCCUUGAAUCACAUCCUUUAUCAAACAAUAUCGGUACUCAACCUGCAUUGCCACCUGCACCUCAACGGCCUGCUGUUAUGGCUGGCAAUGAAAUAGUUGCUGCAACAACAGUAUACUCAAGACUCAGUAAUUCUAGAGUAACGACAACAGAAAUUGUUCCAUCUACGUCAAGUUCGCAUAAACAUUUCAAAAGAAGAGAUGCCCAGAGUGGAUCAUUACAAUCACAAACUGUGAAAGUAGACGAGAGUAUAAUCACAUUAUUGUUAAAAUUGCACUCACAGUUGUCAGGUGUUCCGGAUAGUUACAAUCCCGAACAGAGUACAAUGAUGGAUAGUGAAGCUAGUAGUAGUUCAACCAUAGAACCAACAGAAUCGCGAAUUGGUGAUGGUCCAUUCUUUAUUUCGCAACUACUGAACAAAAUAGCAAACUUAGAUCCUAUGUGCAAAGAUGCUAUAAAUGAAGCUAGGAACAAAUUAUGGCCAAGUAUGCAGGAAAGCGAAGAUAAACAGCGAGAGAAAGAAGAUAGAGAAAGAGAAGAGAGACGAAGACGGGCGAAAGAAAGGCAGCAGAAGUUAAUGGCUGAGUUCGCCAAUAAACGAAAGCAAUUCAUGGAAAAAGCAAUGGAAACAGACGAAGCAGGGGUAUCUGGUAUGGAUUGGGAUCAAAAAGACAAUGCGACCAAAUUAACUAGCAAAAAAGAAUAUGAUUGCGUUAUUUGCAGUCAAAGUAGUCCUAGUACCGAAGAUAAUCCUAUGGGUCUUGUUGUAUUAGUUCAAGGAACAAGUGUUAUUGGUCAUGAACGGCAACAACCAGAUAGACUGCUUUUACCUACUUCUGACGAUGAUCCUCCUAUACCAAAGUGUGAUACACGUGGUGCCUAUUUUGAUCGUAGAAUGGAUGUAAUGGACCGACAUUUUGAUACCAUUUCGUUGCUAUUAUCCGUUAAUCUAGGUUGGGAAGGUGGAGUGUACGUGCAAACGUGUGGACAUCACUUACAUUUAGAUUGUUUAUUGCCAUAUGUAAAGUCUCUUGAUCAUCAACAAAGACAACUUUCUCUUGCUGUAGAUAGCGGCGAAUAUCUGUGUCCACUUUGUCGGCAAUUAGCUAAUUGUUUCCUUCCACUUUCCCCGCAAUUGGGGAAGCGUGGAGCAAUUGUACGAUCUCCUUAUGUCCCUUUUACUACGAUACUUCCGGAGAUAAAUAAUCUAUUGAAAGAAGUACAACGAAAUCCAUUAACGAGACGAACAUUUUUAUCUGAAGCAAUGCACAAAGCAGUACAGGAUAUGACAAGGUGCACAAAUUCCAAGUGUCAACAACAGCAUAGUUACAAAAGUUUGUUUGUUUUCAUAACUUCUAUAGCACGAACUAAUUUCGAAAUUGAACUUGUCCAACGUGGUGGAUCAUUGUGUAUUCCACCGCCCACUACGAUACCUUUAAGGCCAAAACGUGAUUGCAUUGUUGCUCUUCUCCACGUUCUGGCAAAAAGCGCACGUCUGUGUAUGUUCUGGCCGGUACAACACACAUGGCAACAGUUAUGCACUCCAUUCGCUUUAACAUUACACGAGGGAGAAGUCCCUCUACUUCUCAGAGAUCCGAUUGCUCUUCUUAUACAGUUUAUAUUAUUGCUACCUUUGCAUGUGGAUCAAGCGUAUUUCUCUAGUGUAGUAAAAAUUAUCUACAACUUAUUGUAUUAUCAAGUUAUAGUACAAAUAAGCUGUGGUCUCACACAAGCAGAAAGAAAUUCAUUUUUAAGAAGAGAAUGUGCUGAGCGUGGUUCUAUGUCUUCUGAGACUAUAUUAUGUAAAAUUAUUGAAUAUUUUAGUAAUAGUCCACUUUACCAUGCAGAUACUGUACUAUAUGAUCCCUCCACUUCAUCAUGCACCCCAUAUGCACGAGAUAAGAUGCAUAGUAUUGAACAACAGAUACAAUUUAUGUGCUUACCAUUUUUACGAAUAGCUGCAUUACUACGUUACCACUUAUAUGAGGAACCAUUACCUAUAAUUAGAGCCCCAGAAGCUGAAUUUGCGAGAUUAGUUCAUUAUUUGGAAUUAGUUUCAGAAAGUAUGGAUUGGAAUAUGUUUAAUUCAGCUAUAGCUUUGAACUGGCAAGAUAGCGAGAGUAGUGUAUCAGUGCCUCGUAUGUGGUGCGAUCAGUUCCUUGCUUCUGUAAAUAAAAGUGAUACAAGCAGGUAUUUGGUUAUGGAACAGCACAUAUCAUGGCAGGUACCCAAGCUACUUAGUCUUCCAAGGGAAUAUGAGAAGAUUUUCACGUAUUAUCAUGGGCGACAGUGUUGUCAAGGUCAUUCAGUUCCGCAGGAGAUUAGUAUUUGCUUAUUAUGUGGUGCCAUCGUUUGUUUAAAACCAAAUCGCAAGCCGUGGAAUGUAUGCGAAGUUGUUCAACAUUCGAUAGAUUGCGGAGGUGGAACUGGUAUAUAUCUGGUGGUAACAUCAACCUAUAUUGUAGUAAUUCGAGGUCAACGUGUUUGUUUAUGGGGAUCUUUAUAUCUCGAUGAUUUUGAGGAAGAAGAUAGAGAUCUGAAACGCGGGAAACCUUUAUAUUUAAAUCAAGAUAGAUACCAAUUAUUAGAACAGCAAUGGCUAGCGCAUAGAUUUGACCAUACGAAAAAAACAUGGGUAUGGCAUCAUGACAUACUAUAACAGUGUUGAAAAGUGGAAAUCUGAAACGAGUACGAAACUUUCAACUUAUGGUUUAUUUCCAUACAAUGCCUCGCCAAGAAAUAACAUCGCUUUAAGAAUUAACAGAUUGCUCUAAUACACUUUAUGGAUAAUUAUAUUUAUUAUGACGCAGUGACGUAAGUAGACAUAAUAUUGAAUGAAAGUAUUACAAGAAAAAAAAAAAAAAUGAGGUGAGAGCUGAAUUAAUAUUGUUUAUAGUCACAAUACAUGAAAGAUUAUAUUCGAAGAAAUGUAUGUUUUGAAUUAUACAUUGUACAUUCUAUUUAAGUAUAUACAUAUAAAUUAUGUCCUAAUAAAAAAAAAAAAAGUACUUAUUUAGUGUGUAGCAUUUGUACUUAAGAGACAAAUAUUAUUGAAUUUCUUAGUCGAAAUUUCGGUUAUACUAAGAAUCGGAUAAAUUAUAUUGAAGAUAAAUAAUAUCAUACUAUUAACGAAAUUAUAAUUUUUUUCCAUCAAAAUAAAUUGAAUUUAUUGUGUGCUUUUUUCAUUGUAGGAAAAAUAUAGAAAAAAAUCCGUUAUAUUCUAUAAUUUAUUAUCACAAUUACUUUUGUUGACGAAAAAUCUUAUUUCAAAUAUUUCUUUUUUGUAUUCUGUUUACUCAGAAAUAAAGUAUUUUAUAAUUCAUUAGUAAACGAAGGAAAAUAUUGAAGGUUAUAUUAGAAACAUGACAAAAUCAAAGACUGAUGUCUUUAUAAGGACUUUGUUUCUGGAUAAAUUUAAGAAUGGACUCGAUUUUAUAUUUGUUUUGUUAUAACUCGCCACACUCGUUUAUUCUGAUUCUGAAUUUAUACAAGCAAGAUAGAAAUAUUGAUCAUACAUGAAUUUUUAAUUCGAAGGUGAAGGGAAACUCUUUGUGUUAAAUUGGCAGAGAUUUUAAAGAGUAAUUUUCUUUUCUAUAUUUGUUCGUAUUUUUAACAAGAAUGAUAUGUAAAUUAUGUUUGGAUUAUCAAAUUAACAUGUGUUUUUAUUAUUAAAAAUCCAGAGUCAGCAAUGUAGUAAUAAGUGAGAUUGUUAUUAACACCAUAAACGGUAUUGUAAAAUUUUCUCUUGUAAAAAUAGUUUUUAUUCUAAUUUAAUAAUGUGAAUUUUUUGCAACAGUUCAUGAGAAACUAUAGAAAAUUAUUAUCAAUCAGUGAACUUGAGAUUCAGACAAUAUUUAAUGCAUUAUUUUUCUGUAUGCAUAUUUAUGGGCUGUGUAUAUGAACUUAUAAACUCAUUUUAUCAAACGAACUAUUUAUCUACUCGUUGAUUUUUUCGCACCGGUGCAUAAAUGUUAAGUAAUUUGAACUGUGGCAAUUAAGUUGUUAUUGUUUUUGAAGAAGCAAUUUAUAUGCAAACAGUUUUAAUUAAAAACUGAUUUUAAAUCUUGUUGUGCAUUUUGAUUAUUGGAACUUAACAAAAAAUUUUCGUUUAAGAUUUCAAUUUUUAUUAUUCUACGAUUACACAGACAAGAAAUUGCUUCUUCCAGAUUAUAGAUCACUGUAAAUGUGUAAUAAUGAUAGGAUGCCACAUUUAGGAUUGCUAGUUAACUCAAGACGAUCUGUACAUAGUUAAUUAUUUUUACGAAUGUCCGCUUAUAAUGUUAAAAAUUUGCAAAUAAUACGUUAAGAAGUGCUAAAAAAUAAAUAAUAAUAGCAAUUAUCAAUUCUGUUCAAUGUAUAAAUAAAAGCAAUUCUAUUAAACGAAAAGAUUGCCGUCUAAUCCAUAAGUAUUUUUAUUUGUUUCACUACUUCUUGAACGGUAUGUAAACUAAAUAGAGAAAGAUGAAGAAUCAUUUAUUUUCUAGAUAAUUAUUACAAGUAAUUUAUGGUUUUGGCAAAUGCAAACAUGUUGUAAAAUCGAUGAAGCUAAACGUAGAUGCAAUUUUACUGUACUGUAAUUUUACUAACGAUUAUUACAAUAUUUAUAUCAAAAUCAUUUUCUGCCUUUGUUACGAAAAUGAGAGUCUAGUUUUUAUUAUUACUCAGUUAUUCUUCUAUUUAACAACUGCUACAAGUUUCAUAAUAGAGUAUCACUAAAAGUAAUGUAACUAUUAUUUUUACUUAUUUGCUCUAUGGAAACGUCUACUUAAAUUACUUCCGUUAUUUAAGAAAAAGCAAAUGUUUAAAAAUACAAUAGUGAAAGAAAAAUGCCAAUUAAUCUUUACACGUUAUUAAUGAAAACAAAAACUAUAUUACUUAUCUGUACAAGAAUAAAUUUUAUUACAAUUUAUAAAAAUUUUGCCCUGUUAAAUUAAUGAAUGAAUAUUUUGUAAUGAGGAUGCUUAUAUAGAAUUAUAUUGCUUCAAACAAAAGUUAUAAAUUAAGAAACAAAAAAUUUAGAAAAUUUGUAAAUCUUUGUCCAAUUAAAGAGUAAUUUUUUUUUUUAAAUAAAAAUGUUAUCGACAUUUAUAUGGAAAAUAUUACAUAGCUGUAAUUUAUUAUCGAUUUGUAUAAUUUAAAUUUUCCAUUAUUAUGAUACUUAUGAUAAAAAUCGAAAUCUACAAGUUCUCCAGAAGCAUCCACAUUAUUUACACUGAAUUGAUUGCUUUAUAACUGUCCAAAAAGAAAAUUAAUUUUGUUUCAUAUCAGUUUAUGCUAGUCAAAGUAGAAAAUACUUCUGUAUUAAAAUUAUAUAAAAAAAAGCAAAGA